CCUGCGCCGGCCGCGACGGUUUCCGGGCUGGGCUCAGCGCAGCAUUUUGCGCCAUGGGGUCUUGGCAGCGUUUGCUGCUUUUUGGUGGCGGGUCGCUUCGGGGUGGUGGCGGAGUCUGUGCCCCGCCUCGGGGAAGCCGCGUGUUGGUUUGUCGGCGCCAGUUGUCUGGCGCUGAGAGUGAGACCCUAAAACAAAGAAGAGCACAACUCAUGUCCCGAGGACUUCCAAAGCAGAAACCAAUAGAAGGUGUUAAACAAGUUAUAGUUGUGGCUUCUGGAAAGGGUGGCGUUGGAAAGUCUACUACAGCAGUGAACCUGGCACUUGCACUAGCAGCGAAUGAUUCGGUAGCAGGGAUGAAGGCAGCUUCAUCUUUAAUGCUUUAUAUGGAUGACAGGGAAAUUGGCAACAAGAAAGGAAAAGCAAUACAACUUUCCCUGGGCCACUUCUUCAGAAGGCAUGUAGUUUCCUUAAGUGUUUUUGAACGUGUUUGUAAAAUCUUCCUUAGGACAGGCUUCAGUGUUCUGUGAACCCGAUGAAGGUGUUUUUUGUUUUUCUUUCUUGAUAUUUUUUAGCCAAGUUAGUAUAGAAAUUAAGAAGAAGAAAGCCAGGAAACUAGAGCAGCACAUUGUGAUUCUCAAAGAUAGUGUGAUGUAAUACAGUAUUUUUAUGAUUGGCUACUGUCUUGUCCUCUUUAGUUAAUUUAUGUGUACUUAAGAAAGAUCAG